GCCAAAUUCACCGCGUGAUGGAACAUGGGUUAUAUUCAACAUGGCGGAUGGAAGUAACAAACUUCUGGAGAAAGCGACAAGAGGCGAACUUAUUGAAAUAAUUCAACGAUUACGCGAAGAGAACAAAAUACUGAUGAAGAAAACGAAAACUUCGCCUCUUAAUGCAACGAUAUCAGAUUCUUGCAAAGAAACGAGAGAGUUUGAUCCAGAUUGCGUUCAAAUCAAACGUGCCAAGUCCAAACCGCGGAAAGAGUUUGAUUUCUCCCGCUACAACACCAGACGCAUAGCUCUGAGACUGUCCUACCUUGGGUGGGAUAUGCACGGCUUUGCGAGCCAAGAGAAAAUAGAUAACACUGUGGAAGCUCACUUGUUCGAUGCCUUGAUCAAAGCUUGCCUUGUAAAGUCCAGGGAAAGUUGCUCUUAUUCACGUUGCGGUAGGACGGACAAAGGAGUCAGUGCUUUCGGACAAGUUAUAUCACUUAAUGUCCGAACUAACCUUGACAAAGGGCCAGGAGUUAUACUAAGGCAAGAGUCUUCUGUUGGUCGAGAUACUAAAGGUAAAACAAUGAAGGAAAUUUUAUAUGUUGACAUUCUCAACAAAGUCCUUCCCAAAGAAAUCAGAGUUCUAGCAUGGGCUCCAGUAGAACUUGACUUUGAUGCUCGCUUCAGCUGCUCCUACAGAAAGUACAAGUAUUUAUUUCCUUCAGCAAACUUGGACAUUGACUUGAUGAAUCUUGCUUCCAAAAAGCUAGAAGGCGAGCAUGACUUUAGAAACUUUUGCAAAAUGGAUGUUGCCAAUGGUGUAAUUCAGUUCACUAGAAACAUCACUUCUUUUAAAGUGCAAAAGGUGAGCAAUGCAACAUACAGUGCUCCAGGUGAAAACAAGGCAAAGCAGAGGGGGUAUGAGAUGUGUGAAGCUGUCAUUUGUGGAUCUGCUUUUCUCUGGCAUCAAGUACGAUGCAUGAUGUCUAUUUUACUGAUGGUUGGUCAAGGGUUAGAGCAACCGGAAGUGAUAGAUUGGCUGCUGGACAUUGAAAAAUGCCCACAGCGCCCCCAGUACAACAUGGCAUCUGAGCUUCCCCUUGUACUCUACGACUGUGUCUAUGAAGGCAUUACCUGGAUCUAUGAUCCACAAGUUCUAGAAUCUGUCACCAAGAACCUCCAACAACUAUGGAAUACUUAUGCAACAAAGGCAACUCUUGCACAGGAGCUUCUAGCCAGUCUUGAUAGUGCUGAAAUUCCUGGAAAUCCUUUGACAAACUGGUCCUCAUUUAAACCUAUGCUGCUGUACCAGUCCAGUGGCCUUGUUCCUGGCCAGGCGGUCAAGACUCACAAGAAGCUGUGUAAGAGAGCUGUGUGUGAGAGUCUGGAGGAGAAGUUGGAGGGUGUUAAUGCUAAGCGCAGAAAGUCAGGUAAAGAACCAUUCACCUUGUAAUGACUGUCAGGUGGAUAUAAUGUACAGUAUGUAAAAAUCAUAAGAGUGAUUGAAUAUGCCUUUGUUAGAAUGAUGUUUAUAUACUGUAACAAUGCAAUGUCAUAAUAUUUUACUUUUGCACUUUUGCAGUAUUUUAUUUUUUUUGUUAUCUAGCUGCCUGGUUCUACUAAUGUUUGCGAGCAAUGCUUUUUUUUGGUUUUACCUGACAAGAAAUCACCACUUUUCCAAUUUAGGUAUUUUCUGAAACCAACUCUAGCUUAAUUUUGAGAAGAGAAAUUACUAUGUUAUAUCUUGGCUGAAUAUUAGCUUCUAUCACAUUGCUUGGAUCAGGGGCAUAUACUUACUUCAGAAAGAGAGUAAAGUUUUCUUUGUUCAUGAAAGAUGCGAGGGCCCACGGAUAUGAUAGGGCACAUGUGGUGAAAUCACCCAAAAUAUUAAAUAUGCAUCUGAAAGAUUCAGUCAACAAUCCCAGACCCUUUUUAAAAAAAAUGUGGGAGGGGUUGUCUAAAAAGUGGCCACUCCUGUGGAUGCAAAUCCUUAAAUCCAUUCAUCAGUUGGACUGCUGCGCAAGUAUCCUGAUCUCCUUUUUGCAUUUAUGAGUUUUUUGGCUUGUGGAUACUUCUCACCACCGGUACAGCUUCAGACUUUAUGUAACAACAACUAGUAUUAACAGCAAAGAAUUAGGGUGUUAGUAGAGUGGUUCACGAAUAAUCAGGCUAAUCCAUGUGGGUCAGGCAUUUUGAACUUGCUUAGAUCGAGUUACAGUAAUCAGGGAUUACAUUGCAGAGAAAUAAAAGGGAGAAAAUGUUGUGCUUGUCACAUUCUUGUUGAAAUGGCACGUAAAGGCCAGUAAAAUAUAACAUGGAUUGAUAGAGUAAAUAUUGAACCUGUGCAACAAUUAAAAACAAAAGCAUUAAUAAUUUGACUGUUCCUUUUUUAUCAUUCUACUCUAACUAUAAAAUAGUACUCAAGCAAAGGCAAACCCACGUUACUUAAUUAGGUCAAUGAGUGGCAUUUAUAAAGAAAUAAAACUAGCUGAGAAGGAGAAUUUUUAAAAUUCAAUUCAAAAUACUGUACGACCCCAUGGUCGAGAGAGUAAUGAAUUUUUUUACUACUGUAGUUACUGUAGGUAUUUCAAAUUAUUAAUAGAAUUUUUAAAUUAAAAUGUUCGUUCUUCAUU